CUGCCCGGGAAGGGCCCCAGUGUUUUGCCUCUCCCUGGGUGGUCCAGGAUGAGCAGCCCGGCGUGCCCAGGUGAGACGGCCCAGGGCUGUAACAGAUGCACAUGUGGGGACCUGGGGUCAGGGCAGUGAGGAGUGAGUCUCUGGCAGCCUCGAUGGGGCCUCUGGGCACGUGGCGGCCCCUGCCAAGCCCAGACCCCGCCUCCCUCCAGCCCAGCCCAGGCCAGACACCCACCAUGGGGCGGGCACAGGGAGAUGUAAAGGUGACGUCCAGCCUGGCUGGCCGAGGAGAAAGGGUGAGGAUGAGGCCGGGGCCACCGGUCCUGCUGUUGGCGCUGGCGCUGGCCCUGGCUGCGGGGCCCCCGUCGCAGGAGUGGUCCCCCAGGGAGGCCCACACCCUCAACUGGAACAAGCUUUCAGGCUUCUGGUACAUUCUGGCUGUCGCCACGGACGCACAGGGGUUCUUGCCAGCCAAAGACAAAAGGAAGCUGGGGGCGGCUGUGCUGCGGGUGCACAAGAGGGGCCAGCUCAAGGUGGUUGUCGCCUUUAACCGGCCGCAGGGGUGCCAGUCCCAGGAGGUGACCCUGAGGAAGGACAGGAAGAAGGCCGUGUUCAGGAAUACCUGCCUCGGGCGCCCCAGGGCUCAGGGCUGCAGACCGCACGGCCUCCCACCCACGGGGGUCUCUUCCAGUGAGAGGGGUGAAGGCCUUCCACGUGCUGUCCACCGACUACAGCUACGGCCUGGUCUACCUCCAGCUGGGCCGGGCAGCCCGCACCCACAGGACCCUGCUGCUCUUCCACAGACAGAACGUGUCAAGCUUCCAGAGUCUGAAAGAAUUCAUGGACAAGUGCGACAUCUUGGCGCUCAGCGAGGCCGCUGUCAUUCUCCCAAAAGACGCGACCUGUGCACACACCAUCCUGCCGUGAGAUCCAGCAUCCUCUGCUCUUUUGACUUGUGGUCCUCCCAGACCCCAGGAGUGUUGUUCCAGAUGACAGGUCUUCAGUUCAGUGGCUGUUGAGAAGGGUUUGGUGACCUCAGACCAUUGACAGUGUGAAACUCGAGGGGUUCUGACCUCAGAGGGAUCCUUUAGGUCGCAGAGUGAUGGGGGGGAGGGUGCACCAAGCCAGGCCCUCCCCUGCGCCCUCCCGAGUGCCCUCUGCCCCCAGGCUGCUGUUCUUCUCCUGCUGUGAAAUAGACCACACAACACGGUCCUUGCUGUGUGUCUCCCUC